UUCCUCAUCAUGAUGGAAUUUGAAAACUUUUUGAAAACGAAAACGCAACGAAUGCACUUUGCGUUUGGCGUGCGAAUAGGCUACAUGGCCAACAGAGGUCUGUUCAAUCGCACCAGCGCUCUCGUUCCUCCGACCGUAUUUCCCGCUCUGAAUGAAAACGCGCAAGGUGCUUUAAAUCUCUCCCAUCCGAGCACCUUCAGAUCUAUCUUGGGCGUUUUGCAAUUGAUGCGCUUUCAAGAAUUUGGAGCCUAUGGGCCUAUCGAAGCGGCUUUGUGGGGCGUUGCACAUCGUGAUAACACAAGAUGCCGUGAUCAAUUUUCCAAGUGCCCAUCGACUGCCGAAGCCUUCAUUACGGAACUCAACUCUACCCCAGGUGGUCUUCAGAGCAUGCUGACAACUUCCUUACAAGCUAUCCGCGAUACUUUACCGGAUGGAGCAUCUAGUGCGCCCGAGACGGCAGCCAGCGUUGCGGAUAUCGGAAGUUCUUUAAGCAAUUUUGGACAGCAAGCAGGAGGAGGAUUGGGAUUGUUAUCUGGAUUAGGUGGAUUAGGCGGAUUCGGUGGCAACCAGCAAUUUCUCAAUCCCUCUGGUUCACAAUUUGGCAACAACCAGCAACUUUUGAACGGUGCACAUUUUGGCGGCAAUCAACAACUUCUGAAUGGUGUAGCUGCACAAUUCGGUGGAAACCAACAAUUCGCCAAUCCUUCACUUUCGCAAUUCGGUGGAGGUCAACAAUUUUUGAAUCCUUCUGCAGCUCAAUUCGGGAAUCUGGGCUCAAACUUCGCUUCCACGAAUUUUGGACAGCAAGGAGCAGGAGGAGGAUUGGGAUCGUUUGGCAACCAACAACAGUUUCUCGAUUCUUCGCAAUUGGGGGGAAAUCAACAGUUUACCGGUAGUGCCGGUUCGCAGCAAUUCAGCGGUCUGGGCUCCAACUUCGCUUCCACUGGAGUUAGCAAUUUUAAUCUGGGCUUUGGAUCCGGACUCAACGGCGCAAACGGGCUGAACAGCUUGGGUGGCUUUGGCGGAGUAAAUGGCCUUUCUGGGCUCAGUGGAGGUUCCCAGUUUGCUGGCCAAGGCUUCCAGCAAGGAAGCUUUGGAGGAUUCAAUGGAUUAUCAGGAAAUUUUCGCUCCGGAGCGGAUGACGACAAAAAAUCCAAUAAUAAAAAGAAAUGGACAUGGGGUUGAUUUGAUACAUUCGUGACAUAAUUUAUCAUAUGCAGGACGUAUGAAAUUUCAUCUUGUAUUCCAUUCGUUUAUUAAUAUAAAACGAAGCUGAGUAUUGGAUUUCAUAUUUUGUUCCUUUUUUUUUCAAAUUGAAGCAUGCCAUGACAUCUAGUAGCAGUAAAUAUUAAUAUUGGAACAAAAAAUAAAUGUAAAAAUACGCA